GUGAAAUAGACUACAAUAUACUCUGGCCUAGAAAAGACGACUUUAAAGCACAUGGGGUAGUUUAUAGCCUCGGGGAAAGAAAGGUACUACGGACAGUAUCUAGUAGUCCUUCGGACAGUUUGUUUCGGGAUUGCAGAACUACCGAGCCGAAAUCAGUGACGACCUCGUUCACCAGCCAAUACAAGGCACCUUCUCUUGCUCGCUAUCUUCCUCACAGACUGACGUUUCAACGGAGUGAGAUAAUGAUUCGAGUGACCGCUUACCGAAUUUUAGGCUACUUACUGACGGCUUUGCUGCUGUCGAUUGGAGUUCUUACCGAUGAUGUCAUCAGUCCAGGCUGCAAAGCCGGCGAGGAUUUAGAACAUGCCUAUAUUGCAAGUGGUGGAGCUGUCAGAUACCACAUCCGUGCUGCUGGACACUGUCAAACCGAAUGUGCCCGUGAUCCACACACCCCAAACCUAUGUCCAGCUGGGUACUACGAAAGAGAAUUCACUCAUGGAUGUCAGAAUUGCACCGGUGGUUGUCCAGGGUGCGCAGAUGAUGCCCACGACUGUAUUCUUCACAAUCUGUUUCCCAACGAAUGUCGCUACACGUGCAAGCACGGUCCCUUUGGCCACCUGGUACCAAACAAGCGAUUUUACAAAAUCAGACAAUGUGAAAAAUGUCACGAAUCGUGCACAGAGUGCUCUGGUCCAUAUGAAACUGAUUGUACGCAAUGUCCUUCCAACGGCCAGUAUUGGCCCAUAAAUAAGCGAUGUCUCAAAAUCCAGUGGCAUUUCGUUCAUGGUCGCAGAUACCAGUGCUUUGCGCAGGAUCACUGUCACAUGGACCACCCGGCUUUCGAGUUCUCUCCUCUUGAGGAUUGCUCGCCAUACCAGAUUCAGCUGUUUGACGAUCACAGAAUGUGUCUGGAGUGCACGAAUCGAUACUGUGAUGCCAACUGUACGUACGGCACGGUGACGCCAGGGUGCGCUUUCAGAGACUUGGGUAAUGGAUUUCAUUGCCGAGGAAAGAGAUUCAGGUAUCUGGCAGUCAACUCCAGAGCAUGCGUGGAUCGUCAUGAUGCCUGCGCAUCCAGCCCAUGCCCAGACGACUACAUGUGUCGCAGCACACUGGACUGGGAAGGAUAUGCCUGCGAUUGCGAAAACAGCACAGACGGUCCUCUAUGUCCUAGCUUGACUCGCCCUGGUCCUGAAAUGCUAAGUUCAGCUGUCAAUUCUAGCUCCAUCCAAGACAUUUCCACAUCAACCACUACGAGUACGACAACACUAACCACUGCUAACAUACCACUGGCUGCCAAGGCAACAAAGGGCCUAGAUACAGAGCAGCUAAUUGGGACGAGCGUUGGCUGUGCCUGCCUCCUGGUGUGUUUGAUACUACUGGUUUUCUUGGUGCACAGGUAUAGGCGGCAGCAAGACAAGAGCGAGCAAGGGAAUCACCCCUUGGGUCGCUUUCUCCGUCGCAGCCAGUGCAGCGUGUCGGGAGAGGCUCAGCCAGCAUCAGUUCACUACAAAGAAAUGGCAGAUGAUAAGGUUGCCAUAGUCACAUGACUUUUAACAACCUCUCCUAUUCAGUUCGUUCACACAUAGUUCUAGCAUUAAAAAUUGACUAUCAACUACACUACAUGGUCAAGCAAAGAAACGUGUUUUAAAAAUACAGAAAGCAGCCUCUACUACCUUCUCGUUUGUCCAACAAUCACCAUUUCGUAUCGUUAGUCUACUUGUAUGGUAAUGGUAGCAUUUUCACUAUCUCUCCUGUGUAUGAACAAUCAAUGUUACAUACUUACAGACACAUUGUGAUGAUGACAAUGUAAUGCACAAGCGUUCAUGUACAAGCUUCACACCGUGAUAACUGCA